ACACUGAGACUGCAGCAAAGAAGCGAGGUGCAGAGCGUGUACACAACCGCAACAGCACAGCUCUACUAUCCCUCACCUCUGUGGUUAAGCACAACUGAAAAUCAGUGUUAUUUUUCAGCCUUAAGAAGCUGGAGCAGGCCUGUCUGAAGGCUUCACGAUGUCUUAUGAGCGGAUUCUGUGCAUUGAAAAUCUGAGCGAUGUUCCAAAUCCGUGGAAAGGAUUCACUAUGAACCGCUGUUUAGUGGCGGCGCUGGUUGUGCUACUGGUGAGCUCAGGAGUUAACGAAGUGCACGAUGCUCUGGACUAUUUUGUUGAAGAGACAGGUGUGUGGUCUUUCUUUGGAAGUCUGCAGAGUGUUUCAAUAACACAGGUUUCCAUAUGGGACGGCUUCACCCGGUGGUGGGGAUCUGAAGAAGUCGGAGCGAUAAGAAGGAGGAAGAAGCCACUUGCUAAUAAAGCAAUCCUGAAACCCAAAAUCAAAGCAUAAAACAUAUACUGUAGCUUAUGUAGCUGAAUGGCUAUGAAUACAGAACUUUAAGUACACUUUGCAUUUAAUUAUUACAAGUUUGAGAAGGCUAUAUUUCAUCCUUUUAACAGUUUAACUUUAACACUCAGAAACAUUAUUCCAAUUAGAAAUAUUUUCAAAAUGACAAAAUCUGAUUCAUUUUAGCAUCACUAAUUAUCAAAAUAUCUUAACAUAAAUAGAAUUAACAUUAACUUUGUGAUCUUAAGACUUGUGAUCUUUAAUAAAGCAUAAAAGCAGUUAUAUUUAAUUA